CAAAAUGCUCAUUUGUAUGUCACACUUGAAUAUGCACCUGGCCGCGUGAGCGCGCACUUCACGGUAGUGCGCGUGGCCCGGAGCGGCUCGCGCCCUCAGACGCACAAAGGCUUCAUCAUCAUCAUCAUCACCAUCAGCAGCAGCAGCAGCAGCAGCAGCACAGGGUCCCACUGACUGCUGCCUCUGUCCGCUCCUCUACAAACAAACAAGUGUUCGUCUCGUUGUGUAGUGAGAUUUAAGAGCUCCGGGUCGAUCUGCGGGAGGAGAAUUCAGCAAACGCACCCAGAGAUUAACAAGAUUUGUACUUGGAGGAUGUGUGGUAUGGACGUGGACCUGGACGAUGGCGGUUCAGGCGAGGAGGAGAAAGAGGAGGAGUUCUGGGUCGGGGAGGGGGUGAAGAUGCUGCCCCCACCGGUGGCCCACAGCGGGGGCAGCGCGUGGGGCAGCCGCAGGGGCAGGUGCGGCUGCGUGGCCUGCGGGACGGUGCUCGUCGUCUGGAACCUGUGUGUUGUGCUGGCCAGCGCUCUGCUCCUGGCCCUGGUCUUCUCUGUGGUGCUGCUGCCUGCAAUGCUGCUGCUGUACGUAGGCUUCCUCUGCCACUCCAGGGUCCUCGACGCCCCCUCUGCCAUCUGCCAUUACCUUGACGACAACAGCUGCUCCGCCCUCAUCAUCCUGGGUUUCGUGAUGAUGUCGCCGCUCGUGGUCGUGGCGGCCGCCGUCUUCUGCGGGCUGCUCCGACGGUUUCGACUCCUGCUUUUCAUUCAGCCAAUCACGCGUGCCUGGUACCGAGGGCGUCUGCUGGACUGGGUGGGCGGCGUCCACGCCUGGGUCUGAUCUAGACAAGACAGGAGGCACUAAGGGGCAGAAAUGCUAACAGCCAGAGGGGAUCGGAAAGUUACAUCAGUGUAAAAUCAACCAGAGAGAUACAGGAGAUACAUUACUGAAGACAACACUUGAGAUUAUUUCAUGCAAAUGUUGACUAGAUACUACAUUUAAAAGAAAUUGUUAGACAUUUUAGGAAAUACCUUUAUUGACUUUUGUGCAGAGAGUUUGAUGAGGUCGAUGCCACUAUUGUGUUAGUACAUUAAAAAUGAAACUGGUUAGGCCACUUAGCACAAAAACUGGCGGCAGGGGAAACAGCUUUCCAAAGUUCAGAAAUCUGCGCAACACCUCAAAAACUCACUGAUUAACACCUUUUUAUCUCAUUAUAAAGUGCUUAUAAUAGCUGCAAAACAUGGUCACAGAUUGGCAUCUAGGCUCCGACCUCGUCAGUCCCCUAGCACGGCAGUGGUGGGGAGAGCUGGGAGAUUUUAAAUGGAUCCUUUUGAAUAGAUCACCAGACUGUGAGGGUGUGUUUGGUAGAUAAUUGUAGCGAGUGCAGCAUGUCUCAUGUAUAUAGCAGUGCAGCUCGAGUAGCUCGAGCCGUUGCUCCAUUUGUGGUUUUACUGUGGAUGUGUUGUAGACACUGGACCCUGGACUUAAAGAUGGCACACAGUCACUCAACAAGUGAUCACUUAACUUUUAUUAAGGCCACCAAGGCUGUCGGGCAGCAGUGUAUCCAGCUCUGUUAAUACAUCCAAGGGUUUUACAGACUACUUUUGGUGAGUAACUUCCUGUACUAUUUGCUGGCUGGCUCCAUGGACGUAUAAAUAGUGGACGGAGCUCUCAGGUCUGUGAAAGUGAAGCCAGUGCGGAAGUGCAUUAAACCUGCAUUCUGUCUAAUGACCAGCAGGGGGGAGCAGCUCCACUGGUUUCAAAAAGAUUACAGAAUGAAAGUAAGCUUAUGAGAAAAUCACCACACUUCUCACUUGAUUUAUCAUCUCAGUAAACAAUUUCCUGAUGAGAUUAUGGUCUUAGUGUCUAGUUUGAAGUCUUCUUCAGGUCAGCAUGAGGCAGCAAUGUUGGUCCCAUUUAGAGUGAAGAAGACAGUAAAGGUUUGCUUCAGGUCAUGGCUACGUUGUGAUUUACAAGUAGACAAUGGUGUGUUCUUAUUUUCUCAGUUAGAUCCACCCCAGCUCCAGUCUCUUAUCCAAAUAUGGUCAAUUCUGGCUCCAAAAAAACAAGAUGACAACGGCCAUAAUGCCAAAUUCCUUAAAAAUUGUAGUCCUCAGACCAAUGGAAUGACAUCACAGUGGUUUCACAAUUUGCUGGCUCCAAUUGUUUAGUGUUCCUUAUUCCGUAGUGUUUUAUUCAGACUGCAAAAAUAAUAAACAAAAUGUUAAUUCAGAUGUGCUGGUUGGCUGUUUAACAUUGUUCCAGUCUUUAUGCUAAGCUAAGCUAAUCACCUAAUUUUUCUAUACUUACUUUUAACUGGCAGAGAGUUUUGUUGCUUGUCUCAUUUUAUUCUCAAAGAAAAGGCAAAUAACUGUAUUUUCUAAAUGUCUAACUAUGAACUUCAAGGCCAAGUUUGGCGGUGUUGUCGUACAAGAUUGUGCAUCAAAAGGUGUCCCCAUUAUUCUGACUACCACCCCACAUGUAAGGUCAUUUUGUGAUUUGUUGAGAACAAGAAAAUAAGAUUGUGUUCAUAAACUUUAUUGUAGCAAUCUCCA